ACUAUUAUGGGGUUGGAAUGCGCCAUGUCACUUUCCUUUGGUUGUGAUUUUUGUUGAAAUUGAGUAAUUGACCACGACCGGACUACCUACUAGCUAGUCGCAGAAAGGCGAAGGCUAAAAAAGAUUAUAGCAGUGGUAUAAUAAUAGGUAUUAUUUUUGAGUUUUUCAACGCCACUCCUGUUAUUACAAUUCAAUUGGUUAAAUCUUAAAUCAUUUUUUUACUUUGUUCUAAUUAGAAGACCUGGACCAUGCAGGCGAUUAAGUGCGUGGUUGUAGGUGAUGGAGCUGUGGGUAAAACGUGUUUAUUGAUCAGCUACACAACAAAUGCUUUUCCAGGCGAAUAUAUACCAACAGUAUUUGACAAUUAUUCUGCUAAUGUAAUGGUAGAUGGCAAGCCAAUAAAUCUUGGACUUUGGGACACGGCUGGUCAAGAAGAUUACGACAGACUACGACCAUUGUCGUAUCCUCAAACUGAUGUUUUCUUAAUUUGUUUUUCAUUGGUGAAUCCAGCAAGUUUUGAAAACGUUCGAGCUAAAUGGUAUCCGGAGGUUCGUCAUCAUUGCCCAGCUACUCCUAUAAUUUUGGUUGGAACUAAAUUGGAUUUGCGCGAAGAUAAAGAAACUAUUGAACGAUUAAAGGAUAAAAAGCUUGCACCUAUAACAUAUCCUCAGGGCUUGGCAAUGGCAAAAGAAAUUAGUGCGGUCAAAUAUUUAGAAUGCUCAGCUCUAACACAGAAAGGACUAAAAACUGUUUUCGACGAGGCAAUUCGAGCAGUUCUUUGUCCCGUUCUACAAGUUAAAUCGAAACGCAAAUGUUGCCUCCUAUAAUAUUAAGUUUUUUUUUAUUUGAUGUAAAACUUAUCAGUUGAAAGUGAUUCUUUGAGUUUUCUUCAAAAUUUAUAUAUUAUAUACACAUAUUUUCACAGGCUAAUAAUUAUUUUACUUUCAUAGAAACAGUCGUUAUAAAACGCACAACUAACAGACACUUAUUGACUUUUAAUAAAAUUAAUAAUAUAAAGAGAGGUAUGUAUAAAGUGGUGCGUUAUAAUAAACCAAAAUAAAAAAUAACUGUUAAGAUUGCAGAAAGGUUUUCUUUCAAGCGUUUAUCAACUAAAAUGACUUGUUACUUUCUAAUGAAUUUUUUUAAGUCUUACAAAAAAAAUGAACAUUAUAAGCUGAUUGUGUACAGUAUGCGAGAGUAUAUUAACAAUAAUAGCUGCGAUUACUCUUAUGUUUUGUAAAGAGAAAUGAGGGUGCUUUCAAAUUAAAAGUAUAAAGCAUUGCGAAAGUAUGUUUGCGACAACAAUACCGUAAUGAUUCAAAAUAUCUAUUCUAGUUAAUGCUAUAUGACUGCGACUGAUUUGAAAAUUCCUUUGCAUCUUCGACCAUUUACGUCGUGUGUGUAAAUUAUUUUUUAAAAAUUCAUAUUACUGUUCGCUUUCAAAGUCCAGUAUAAACAACAAUUUUUUAAUGAAUUCAAAAAAUUAAUGCAACUUUUUUUGAAUAAAAUAUAUGUACAGAGUAAAAGAAUAAUUCAGAAAAAAUUAUUUUAUUCUAUUCUUUAUAGCUUAUGAGAAGGUUGAAUUAUUAUACGACAUUUAUGUUUUCAGGAAUAAUACAGAAGAGUAUAUCCUUUAAUUGUAAAAGAAAAUUUAAAUAAAAGAUUGCAUGCGCGAA